AUGUACGAGUCGGAUUGUCCAGUGCAUUAUAUUAUAUGGAUGGUUCUUCUCAAGCAGUGUGGCAGUUGCGUAAUCUUGUUUCACAGGUCAAUACACCAAGAAUUGGCCUGCCUUAUAUGGGCUAUUGCAGAACACAUAGAUAUAGAAGGAUUGGAUCCACUCCUAGCAGACAACCCUGGUGAUCCUUUUAAUGUCAUUGUAUCCAAUAUUCAUAAGGUUCUUUUCAGUGUUGAUUCAAAUGCUGAUACAACAAAUAAAGUUCAAGAUAUACAGGCAGUUCUUAUAUCUGCUCAAAGACUGGGGUCACACCACCCUAGAGCUGGACAGUUACUUACUAAGGAGCUUGAACCUGAACUGGUCCCUAACUUCGAGCCUAAACUGGAUGCUAAAGAUGUUGUAGUUGGAAGAGAAAUCCAGCCAACCGCUAAAUACAAACAAGUUCAUCAGCAGGAUAGAGGUCGUUUGACUGAUGCAAAUGUUGUUAUGAAAGAUCAUAACUAUGAAAGACGAGGUGGACUUGAUCCAAUAUCUAGCCAAAAUGCAAAGCCUCCUGGAGUUGAGUUGUGGGCAGCUUUUGAUGUCCCUCAACAUCAGGUUGAUGCUUCUUGGAAAAAUUUGACGCAUUCUCUAUCAGGUAUCUUAUGUGCUUCGAUAACCUUUAUAGAGUCAUCUAACGCUUACUCUGCUCCUAAAUGGGCAUCUCAGUCAACCUUAGUAUCCACAGCUCCUGCUGAUGAGUUAGAUUCAGGAAUUAUUCUGGAACAAACACUUACGGUUGUACUACAGCCUGAUAUUCUAAAAACUAGUUCGAGCUUUCCAGAUGAAUUUAAGAUUCAACCAAGUUGGUCCUUGAGCUCGAUAUUUGGACGAAAAGUGAAUGGAAGGUGCGUUCUUCCUAAGUCGAGUAAUGUCUACUUUCAUGUUGAAAGAGAUCUAGUGGCUCAACUUGAGAAGCUCCAAAAGAAUACUAAUGCAUAUGCUGAUAAUGGAAUGGGUACAGAUGUUUUGAGAAGGAAUCUUGGCUUUCAAAUAUCUAUUACAUUGGAUAGGGUUCAUAGAGAAUUGGAAAAGAGCUCCUCAAUUAUGUAUGAAUAUUCAAUCAAAGAGUACAACGAUACUGAACAAUUUGAUUUAGGCCUAACAUGGAAAUAUCGAGUUGUUUGGUCCUGCCCACUUGCACCUUUAUACGCGGGUAGAAUUUUAAUUGGAAGUGGAAAUGAAAGGGGCUCGAUUGCAAUAUCCUUCAAGUCUACAGAAUUGACUAAGGGUUUCAAUGUAGCCAAUAAUGUUGAAGAGAAGUGUAAGUUACAAGUUUAUGUUCUCCAAAUUGUGCCUUUGUAUAUUAAAGUGUAUUAUCAUACCUUAUAA